AUGGUGGCUUUGUCAAAGUUAUCUUCUGCUUUCCGAUUGUUAACUUGGAGCUUGAGGCCUUCAAAUCCCAAUUUGAGUCGCGGUGUUCGUUCUAUGAGCGCCGCCGCCGCCGCGGCACCGAGCAGGCCUGGGACGUCGCUCGACAGAGUCUUGAGCUUUGACGGCAGGACAUCACCGUACAAUAAAUUAGAAACGACCGUGGUCGUGGGAUCCUCACACGGCUGGCUGGCCCUUUUCAACCAGACCAACUCCGACCUGUUCCUGUCGAACCCCCUCACCGGCCGCCACGUCAAACGCCCGCCCGUCCCCGUUAUCGACGGCUGUGCGUGGGUCAACAAGGUGAUAAUCUCUGAUGAAGACCCGGAACAUGAAGAUUGCCGGGCCAUGAUGAUCCACGACAUCGCGGAUAUCCUCGCUUUCUGCUGCCCGGGCGGGGCAAGCUGGACCCGCAUUGGCACCCACACUUGUCCUCCUCCCAAUCGCGUUCGGAAUUACGAGGAUGUCGUGUACUCAAACUCGGAGAAUCUAUUCUUCUGCCUCACGGCGAUUGACUGCGACGACUUGGAGGCGUGGGAUCUCACAGACCCCACCUCGCCUAGGCUGGUGUGGUGGAACCACAAGGACUUGUUGGGCCCUGAAAACUACAUUGCUUGGUUGCAUGAUGUGGAGAAAAUACGUUUGUCGGAGACCGGCAUUUGGACUAGGGCACUUAGAUACUUGGUGUAUGCAGAGCAUUUGCGGCAGUUGUUUCUUGUCACGCGUCAUUUAGUUGAGCAGAUGGCUCUGGAUGGUUUAUCUGUGGAAGACUUUGAACGAGACAAUGAAUACCCGUACAAAACGGUGGCUUUUGAUGUACAUAAGAUCGACCGGGAAGAAGGUGGAGGAGGGAAGUUGAGCUAUGUUGAUGGGUCGUUGAGUGGGCUGACCAUGUUUGUUGGGCAUAACCACUCGUUUGCAGUGAUGCCUAACAACGGGCUUCAGCCCGAUUCCAUAUACUUCACGGAAGACCCUGUAUUCAGCGCAGGAAAUUCGAAUUUCGAUGAGGAGGAGGAAGAAAAAAUGUAUGGGGGCACGAUAUCGGCAUUUAUGAUUAUGUUGGGAGCUUGA